AUGAAUCGUAAUCAACAGCAUAACAUCAAACGAAAUUCCGAAAUUAGCGACGAUGAUUCAUGUUUAAAAUCAGAUAUUUCAAUUGAUAGAGAACAAGAAUCCCGUAAACACAAACUAGGAUUUUCGAUAUUCACAAAAAAAUUCUUAUCGCAUGACAAAGGAAAACGCGAGCAUCAGAAAAAGUUAGAACAGGAAAACAAGUCUAGUGCUAACAAGAUCGAAGAAUUGCGUUCAGAAAUUCAAACCAUCAAAUCUAACGAUGAAAAAAUUCUUCAGGAGUCUUGUGAACUUGAAUCAACGAACACCGAACUGUUGGAUAAUAUCGAAAAGAUCAAGUAUGCAUUGAUCCAGUUAGAAAGGGAGAUAGGACCUACCGUGAGAUCUUCAGGUGUGAAAUUGGAUAAUACAGAUAUGGUCGCUUAUAUUCAAGAUUUUCAGAAAAGAAUUGUUAGUGGAUGCCUUUUACAUCCUUAG